GGCCGCGCUCGUCUGGCCGGCGGAGGCUGAGCGCGACCCUGGUGAGUCGCGGCGCCCGCCGACCAGGGACGUGCGCUGCUCCGGGACGGGCUCUGCCCUGUGUUGUGUUGGGGACGUUCGGGGGCCACCCCGCGCCUUUCGGCUGGCGAUUCUCCUUCCUCUUCCUCCCUGGAGGAGAAGGAACGAAGAAAGCCGAGCGGUUGUACCGGGAGAGCGUGAGCCGAGGCCCCCUCCGUGAGCGUCCGGGCGGACGCGGAGUCGGUGGGAGCGCGCGGCACUCCCCGGCCGUGGAGUUUUCACCUCCGGGCAGAGUCUGGCGGCCGGUGUUGUCCAACCAGCAGCAGCAGCAGCGGCAGCGGCAGCAGGGGCGGCCACGAGCACCAGGGCUCCGGGACUGGGGGUUCCCUUGGCCAUGGAGAGGCGAUCGGGACCCCGGGACGCCAGGAUCUCCACUCAGGUUUUUUGGAUCACUGCCUAGGCACCUGAGUUCACCGAAGCUAAAAAACCCGGGAGGGGAAGUGACAGGAUAUCAUGUAUACUUCUGGUUCCAGGGGACACUCCCCUGCUUUCCUGCAACCUCAGAAUGGAAACAGUCAUCGCUCACCUGGUUAUGUUCCAGGGAAGGUGGUCCCUCUGCGCCCCCCUCCUCCUCCAAAGAGCCAAGCUUCAGCCAAAUUUACCUCUAUUAGACAAGAAGCCCGGGCAAGCUUUGCAUUCCUGCCCGAAGAGCAACAAACACAGAGGGAGAGCCGAAAGCGCAAGAGGCACAAGAAUACCUUCAUUUGCUUUGCUAUAACUAGUUUUUCCUUUUUUGUUGCACUUGCAGUAAUUUUAGGAAUAUCCUCAAAAUAUGCUCCAGAUGAGAAUUGCCCAGAUCAAAAUCCCCAUCUCAGGAACUGGGAUCCUGGACAAGAUCCUGCCAAGCAAGUUGUUAUCAAGGAAGGAGAUAAGUUUCGUCUGACCUCAGAUGCCACAGUGAAUUCUAUAGUCAUUCAGGAUGGAGGAUUGCUUGUAUUUGGGGAUGAUAAAGAUGGAUCCAGAAAUAUUACUUUGAGGACUCGUUACAUCCUAAUCCAGGAUGGUGGAACGCUUCAUAUUGGAGCAGAAAAAUGCCGCUAUAAAUCCCAGGCGACAAUUACCUUGUAUGGGAAGUCAGAUGAAGGGGAAAGUAUGCCAACGUUUGGCAAAAAAUUUAUUGGUGUGGAAGCUGGUGGGACACUGGAAUUGCACGGGGCCCGGAAGACAUCAUGGACAUUGUUGGCAAGGACUGUGUAUGCCUCAGGCCUACCCUUUGGGUCCUACACCUUUGAAAAGGCCUUUUCCCGGGGCCUCAAUGUGAGGGUCAUUGACCAAGAUACAGCCAAAAUUUUGGAAAGUGUGAAGUUUGAUACCCAUGAAUACCACAAUGAGAGCAGGCGGCUUCAGGAAUUCCUCAGAGUCCAGGAUCCGGGUCGGAUUGUUGCUAUCGCUGUGGGAGAUUCAGCAGUCAAGAGCCUCCUACAAGGAACUAUCCAGAUGAUCCAGGAUCGAUUGGGAAGUACACUGAUCCAAGGACUUGGCUAUAGACAAGCUUGGGCUUUAGUUGGUGUCAUUGAUGGUGGAAGCACUUCCUGCAAUGAAUCUGUGAGGAACUAUGAAAACCACAGUAGUGGGGGGAAGGCACUGGCUCAGAGAGAAUUUUAUACUCUGGAUGGUCAGAAGUUCUCUGUGAUGGCUUACAGUGAAUGGAAUGAAGGCAUUUCUCUUUCAGCUUUCCAGGUAGAGAUUGUGGAUGGAGUGAAGCUUCAUCUUCUAGAUGAUGUCAGCGGCUGGGAACCCGGAGACCAGAUUGUGGUUGCAAGCACUGACUAUUCCAUGUACCAAGCGGAGGAGUUCACUCUUCUCCCCUGUCCUGAGUGUAGCCGUUUUCAGGUCAAAGUCAAAGAAACCCCUCAGUUCCUGCACAUUGGUGAGAUCAUAGACGGGGUGGAUAUGAGAGCUGAGGUUGGAAUUCUCACCCGGAAUGUUGUAAUCCAAGGAGAAAUGGAGGAUUCAUGCUACUCAGAAAACCAGUGCCAAUUCUUCGAUUAUGAUACUUUUGGGGGACAUGUCAUGGUAAAGAAAAAUUUUACUUCUGUCCAUCUUUCCUAUGUGGAAUUGAAACACAUGGGACAGCAGCAACUGGGCAAGUAUCCUGUGCAUUUUCACCUGUGUGGAGAUGUGGAUUACAAAGGCGGGUAUACAUACCCCACAUCUGUGGAUGGCUUGUCUAUUCAUCACAGCUUCUCAAGGUGCAUCACUGUGCACGGGACCAAUGGUUUGCUGAUAAGAGACACCAUUGGGUUUGACACACUGGGUCACUGUUUCUUCUUGGAAGAUGGUAUUGAGCAGAGAAACACUUUCUUUCACAAUCUGGGCCUCCUUACCAAGCCUGGGACUCUCCUUCCCACUGACCGGAACAACUCCAUGUGCACCACCAUUCGAGAUAAAGUGUUUGGGAACUACAUCCCUGUGCCUGCUACAGACUGUAUGGCUGUUUCAACAUUCUGGAUUGCUCAUCCCAACAACAACCUGAUUAACAAUGCAGCAGCAGGCUCCCAGGAUGCUGGAAUAUGGUAUUUGUUCCACAAGGAACCUACUGGGGAGUCCACUGGGGUGCAGCUCGUAGAGAAACCUGAACUCACUCCUUUGGGUAUAUUUUAUAACAACAGAGUCCAUUCAAGUUUUAAGGCUGGCUUAUUUAUUGACAAAGGUGUCAAAACGACCAACUCAAGUGCUGUAGACCCAAGGGAAUACCUCUGCUUGGAUAACAGUGCAAGAUUUCGGCCUCAUCAAGAUGCAGAUCCUGAAAAGCCACGUGUUGCUGCUGUAAUUGACAGGCUCAUUGCAUUUAAAAAUAAUGACAAGGGAGCCUGGAUCAGAGGAGGAGACAUAAUCGUUCAGAAUUCAGCAUUUGCAGACAAUGCAAUAGGAUUGACAUUUGCCAGUGAUGGGAGCUUCCCUAGUGAUGAAGGCUCUAGCCAGGAGGUGUCUGAAUCACUCUUUGUUGGAGAGAGCAGGAAUUUUGGCUUUCACGGUGGUCAGAACAAGUAUGUGGGCACUGGAGGACUUGAUCAGAAGCUUCGCACAUUACCAAGGAACAGGACGUUCCCCAUUAGAGGCUUUCAGAUAUAUGAUGGGCCCAUCCAUCUCACCAGAAGCACUUUCAAAAAAUACGUGCCAACUGCAGAUAGGUUCAGCAGUGCAAUUGGCUUCCUCAUGAAGAACUCCUGGCAGACGACUCCCAAGAAUAACGUUUCUCUUGUGAAAUUUGGCCCACAUGUUUCUCUGAAUGUGUUUUUUGGCAAACCUGGCCCUUGGUUUGAAGAUUGUGAGCUGGAUGGCGAUAAGAACUCCAUAUUCCAUGACAUUGAUGGCUCUGUAACAGGAUACAAGGACUCCUAUGUGGGAAGGAUGGACAACUACCUGAUCCGCCAUCCGAGCUGUGUCAAUGUUACCAACUGGAAUGCAGUGGUCUGCAGUGGGAACUAUGCCCAGAUCUAUGUACAGACGGGUAGCAGUCCAAAUCUGAGUAUGACCAUCACACGUGAUGAGUAUCCAAUCCACCCAAUGGUGCUCCGAGGAAUCAAUCAGAAGGCCAUCUUACCUCAGUACCAGCCUGUAGUCAUGCUGGAGAAGGGCUACACCAUCCACUGGAAUGGGCCAGCGCCACGGACUACUUUCCUAUACCUCAUCAACUUCAACAAGGAUGACUGGAUUCGAGUGGGCCUCUGCUAUCCUUCCAACACAAGCUUUCAAGUCACCUUUGGCUUUUUGCAGCGGCAAAAUGGCUCCUUAUCCAAAAUGGAAGACUAUGAGCCCGUGCAGUCAAUGGAAGAACUGCAGCGGCAGCAGUCGCAGAGGAAAUUCUAUUUUGACUCCAGCACAGGGUUAUUAUUUUUGUAUCUCAAAGCCAAAAGCCCCAGGGAUGGCCACAGUUACUGUUCAUCUCAGGGAUGUGAAAGAGUGAAGAUUCAGGCAGCCACAGACUCAAAAGACAUCAGUAAUUGCAUGGCCAAGGCAUAUCCACAGUAUUACAGUAAGCCAUCAGAGGUCAAGCGCAUGCCAUCCAUGCUCACCGGACUCUGCCAAGGCUGUGGGGCCCGCCAGCAGCUGGUGUUUACUAGUGAUCCUCACAAGACCUACCUCCCUGUGCAGUUCCAGUCACCCAAUAAAGCAGAAACUCAGCGUGGAAGUCCAUCUCUGAUUUCUGUCAAUGGCACUGACUUUAUCUUCCGAAGUGCAGGUGUCUUCAUCUUGGUUAUUGAUGCGUGCAACAUACCUUUCCGGUUGAUAGAAAAACAGGUUUUUUCUCUUGCUGAUAUCAGUCGCAUGGAAGAGUAUUUAAAAAUAAGCAUCCCUCCAAGGUCAGUUGUUCUGUUAAGCACAAGAGGAGAAAUAAAGCAUCUGAACAUUUCAGAUUCCUUAAUAUCUCUGGGAUUAGCCAAACCAGCUCAUCUUUAUAACAAAGGGAGUACCAUAUUUUUGGGAUUCAGUGGAAACUUUAAACCAUCCUGGACUAAGCUAUUUACCAGUCCUGCUGAGCAGGGCCUUGGGGUGCUAGAACAAUUCAUACCAUUGCAGCUACAGGACUACGGCUGUCCCAGAGCCAGCAAUGUCCACAGGAAAGACUUGGAACUGUUCAAGCAGGCUUCAAAAGCGCUCUAGAGAUUGACUGUAAUUUAAGUGCUGGGAAAGUUAAAAAAAAAAAAAAAAGGAAAUGAAACAAAACUGUGAACUAACUUAUUUAAUUUAUGGCAUUUUAAAUGACACUGUUAACCCAAUGGGACUGUUUCCCUGUUUGAUACAGAAAGGAAAGAAUGAUUUCCAAGGGGAUUGCUUGAAUACCAGAUCCCGCACCUUGUCAUUGUACAAAACGUUAGAGAAUUGUCUUUGUGAAGGCUGGUAUAUUUAGAGAGCAGCUCUCCUGUUCUUCACCUUAACCCCAGUAUUUGGUAAUGAUCACCAGCAGUGUUUAAACUUUAUAUACUGGAGCGCGCUGGGGUGAGGUGAGGCUUGAGCGGGGCUGCUGAGUUCUUUAGAGCACCAGCUACUGUAGCCCAUUGGAUACUUGAAGUCUAAUGCUCAAUUGUGCUAUGCAUUAGUUUGGGUGGCUGGUAUUUUCAGCAGUGUCCAGUGGGGUGAGGGUGGGGGGAAACUUUGGGGGCAGCCUUUGAGGGUUUUAUAUGAAGUUGAGUGACAGAAUCAAAGGUGGCAACUCAGGCCUAGCUCAUGCCCUUUUUUUUAUUGCUUGGACAUGUGCUGUUUUUACUCUUUUAUGUAUUGAUGACUUCUAAGGAUUCAACUUUCAAACAAGAUGCAUAUAGGAAAAAGGGCUUUUAGGGAAUUGAAAAAUCCCUUGAAUCUGUGAUCAUUGGGCAAAAAUUUGACCUGCACCAAGGUCUGGGGCUAUUGGGACCAUUUUUGCAGCUUUAAUCCUUAGCCCGCCUUGACUGUAUAUUUCUGUUUCAAAUGCAGAGCUGAGUGAAUAUAUGCAUAUUUUGUGGGGGGGGUUGUUGUUAUUUUAAGAAGCAGGCCAUUUUUCUGAACUGAAAAACGUGUGUCAUUGUAACUUGCACAAAGGAAGUCCAAGCCUGGGUUUUUUUGUUGCUGUUUUUGCGUGUGUGUGAAUUUUUAAAGAGCUUCUCUUAUCACCAUUUCACCAGGAAAAUCCCAGAAAGCUUAAUAAUAUUACAAUGACGAUAUACCCCAGUGUGGAAAAAGGGAGGCCUUCUAAGACCAGAACCAUGGAGGAAAUACUGAGAUAUGAACCUCCUUAUAGCCUUAAAGGAGGGAGUCACUCUUAAUUGAAUUGUUAAAGACAAUUAAAAAGGCUAUCCUGAUGCCCAGUUUCCCUUUCCAUGGGAAUCUUUUGUCUCUUGCCAGUGAGGAUUGCAUGUGCAAAGGAAACUGGCUCUCUAACCUGGGCCUUUCCACACCAAGAAGAGGAGGUGCAUCAAAAUGCCUUUAAUGUUUUAUAAUUCCACAAGGCCUAGAGUCUGGUGGAUGGAUGGCCAGGUGAGUUUGCAAUGAUACUGGCAGUGAAGACAGAGAAAUUCAAUUUCCUCCAUCAAGGGUGAGGCUGUAUGCCUAUGCCCUUGUAUGGAGAGGGAACUAUAAGCAGCUCUUGGACUUCUGUUACUUUAAAUAUUCUACCUCAAUGUGCUACCGAGAAACCAUUCUAACUGUAAGUGCCCAUUGCUAAGGGUACGUGUCUUAAUCAAAGAAGUUUGGUUGUUUUUAUUGGAUGUGGGGCUUUUUUCUUUGUCUUUUGUAUAGUGAUGAAUGAGGUCUUACAUAUUAAAUAUGUUAUUGGAUCAUGGUUCUUGAAAGUGAUUAGUGUGUAUAUGCAUGUGUGUGUGUGUUACUUAAAUAUCUUUGUGUGGUUUUUAGAGUUCUGUGCUUUAAAGGUUUUGAGAGAAUAUGUAAGUUUCAAGGCACUAGGUUUUUCUGAUGUCUAUUACUAAUAGCAGGGCAUAAGUUAAAUAAAAAUAUAUGUGUAUGUGUUUUA